UUCCAACAGCAGGCGGCGUGUACCUCCCAAAUAAACGUAAGUAUAGCCGUAUAGGUCACAAGCGGGUGCAAUCGAUGUCAAUAACUCGUUGUAACACUUGACGAUAACCUGCACAGUCCACCACUCCAUGCGUGGGGCGAACGACGAGACCGAAGGAAGGACGAAGAGACACGCAUUCACGCAAGUAGAUCUUCCGGGAUCGCGGCCCCGCCGACGCCACGGCCGCCGUUCCCAAAAAUCCACUUGUCAGUCACAGAAUGUCGCCACUGAAAGCGUAGCCGUCGCUCGCUCCGACUUUCCGCGACCGCCUCUGCCGGUACAAAACUUCGGCCCGGCUGUCUACACGACGACGUGGCAGCCACAGAAUUUCGCCACUGAAAACGUAGCCGUCGCUCACUCCGGCUUUGCGCGACCGCCUCUGCCGGUACAAAACUUCGGCCCGGCUGUCUACUCGACGUGGCAGCCACCGAAUUUCGGUAUGGGACUUGUGGCCGCAGCUCGCUCAAGGUUUCCACCGCCGACGCUGCCGAUGCAAAACUUCGGCCCAGCCGUGUACACGUGGCAGCCUGCACGGCCCCCGAGAAUGGUGAGAGUGCCAGCCCCUCGCUUCGGGUUUCCGCGACCGCCGCCGCCAACAUAUUACGUGGGCCCAGUUCACUGCAGAACAAGCGUGUAAAAACUGAAUAU